AUGGGCAGCUGUAACUUUGGCUCGGGUGAUGCCUAUCUAUCCUCCAAGUACCUAGGUGGUGCUGAUCCUACUUCUAAGCCCUUGGGUGACAUUGGUGGAGGCUUGGGAGCGAUGGGUGACGCCGGUGGAGGCUCAGGCAAGCCGGGCAAUAUUGGGAAGUGUGCGGAUAAGUUGAGUGGCAUCUUUGGGGUGCUUGGGUAUUUCCUUGGUAUUGACUUGAUUUUAGCUUUUGCAGGUGUCGGUUGUAGGCAUGAGUCGGGCAGCCGUGUUUGUGGUCUAGACGGCGGUGGCGACUCUAAUGGGAACCUGAGACUGGGUGGAUCCCUUCACGACAGAAUGGGCGCUGGGAGAGUAGACCCAUUCAUGGGGGAGAUAGACUUCGACUUCGAGGCCCUGUUCAGAGAGGUAGAUGGACUAGAUUAUGGAGGGGGACGAGGUGCUUGA